AUGCAAGGUCCUCGUGUUACGGAAAGCAGCAGCCCCGAUCGACGUACAAAGCGGCCACAUAAGCAGAAGACCAACUCGCUGUUGGUGCAUUCCCCCGUCAACAUUGACGAUUCGGGCGAGGACAGUAGUUCUUUCAAGCCGGCAGCCGACGAGAAGGACAACGAGAGUGAGGAAGAUGUGGGCGAGGUGCAUGGAUCAGAUGAUGGGUUGAUCAUCAAGGACGUUGACCAGCACAGUGGCCGGAAGGGCAAGAAGAAAGUGUUGCCGAAGACUCCCCGUGCGAAGGACACCGUGUCACAGUCGAGCGACGAUCCGUUGACGAAGGAGCCCAUGAAGAGCUUCCUGCAGCGGGCCCAGCAAGAGCUCCGUGUGUACAUCGCGGUCGAGAAUGCGUGCCCCCGCAAACGGGGCCAGAGGGUCGAGAAGUUCGACGUGCCUCAAGACAUUAUCGAGCUGCUGGUCGAGAAGAACGCCCAGUACCAGGCUGAUGAUUUCCAGGAGACGUUUGUCUACAAAGUUGCCACACAGGUCCGGCAGGAGCUGAAGCAGAAAGCCAAACGGGUGGUAGAGAAGGAACUUUUAUCAGUCAAGAUCUCCGAUGUUGGCCUCGACGCGGUUGCUCGCAAUGACAAGUUGCAGAAGGCAAAGGAAGCGCGGAUUAAAUACCUUCGCAACCACAAUACGUUCCAUUACGGGAACAUAGUGAUGCCGGACCCGGACGUUUCCCCUGAGCUGUGGGACGACCCGGAGCUUGACACGCCUUUCCACAGUGUUGUGAUCGCGGAGAUCAUGGCGCGGCAGUGGUGGCUUGGGCAGCACCCGGAAGCCCUCCGCCGCGAGAACCGAUCUCGCUUUGACAUCAACGUCAAGCCGCCGUCGAGCAAUAUGAUUGCUCUGACCUGUAGCGCAGUUCUAGUCGCAUUCGAUGAAGCAUUGGCCGGCAAUUCUACCGUGAACUUCGAUGAAAAGACGUAUGCUAUGGAGCAUGAUCACCUGAAAGCUGGCAUAGACAAGCUGCGACGACAUGCGGAUGCAAACAGCAGGAUGUACGACGAAGGUGUUGCCGAGCUCGUGAAAUCAAUGAACAACACUAUGGCCUCCAACAUCAUGGCCUUUGCUGGCAUUGCCCACGACAAGAACCGGAGGGACGAGGGCAACGCCGAGGAGCUCGAUGAUGGCAUUGACAUGAAGGCAGUUCUCGGCCGAUGGGGCAAGAAGAAGGCAUCGACGUCCGCUGUCUCGGGUGCACAGGCACAGGCACAGGCAGGGCAUGUAUUGUACCCCCUCGCUCCAGUCGCGAGCAGCUCCAAGACCAAGUAA